AUGAUAAAAUAAAUGUGCGAUCAUUAGUGUUGGAAUAGAAUAUAAUGCAUACGUAUGGUUGAACUCGAUUCAAUGGAAUGGAGCCAAUGGCCAUCGCGAUUUCAGUGAUUUCCAUUUCUAAAGCUCUGAAUGAUGCUUUAUACACUCUUCUAUCGAUGUUGUCAUUAUAAAUAAUUAUUUAUUACUUUUAUCCAAAUAAAGGUCGAGAAACGUUAUUGUAAAUUGUAAUUUUCAUGGUCCGAUAAUCAAUAAGUACAUAAACAUAACCAACAAUAGUAAAUGAUACUUCUAUUUGACAGUAUCAAAACUAAUCUGUUAUAAUUAACGAAGAAAAUCAAUAAAUGUUAUUAAUAAUCGUGAGAGAAAAAAAUUGGUAUAUAAACAUUAUAAUUAAAAACUUUUAAACAUACGUAUAUACUGUAGCAAAAUUUCUGUUUGUUACUGUCCUAAAAUGAAAUACUCCACAUCACCACCAGUAAGUAGAUGUAAUUCACCUGGUCCAAGCGAAAUGGGCUCAAAUUUGCCAAUGCCAGUAACUUACAGGCAAGAUUGUAUGGGAGCUGCAACAAAAUGUUACAAGUACUUGAGGAAAUUAUUAAAAUUUGAACAAAUGGAUUUUGAGUUUGCUUUGUGGCAAAUGAUUUUUUUGUUUGUAUCACCGCAGAAAGUAUAUAGAAAUUUUCAAAGUAGAAAACAAACAAAGUCACAAUUCGCAAGAGAUGAUCCUGCCUUUUUGGUACUACUAAUGUGUUGUCUGUGUAUAUCUUCUAUUGGUUUUACGAUAGUUUUGGGAUUAGGAUUUCUUCAAUUUAUAAAGCUACUAUUUUAUAUGAUAUUCGUCGAUUAUCUUUUAGCUGGUUUAAUAGUAGCUACAACAUUUUGGUUUAUAACAAAUCGUUAUUUGAGAAUCGAUAAAGCUCAGGAUGUAGAAUGGGGUUAUGCAUUUGAUGUUCAUUUAAAUGCAUUUUUUCCACCUUUAGUAAUACUUCACAUUGUACAACUAUUUUUAUACAAUGGACUUAUAAAUUACGACACAUUUUCAUCACGAUUUUUUGGGAACACAAUUUGGUUAAUAGCCGUUGGUUACUAUAUUUACAUUACCUUUUUGGGAUAUACUAGCAUUGAAAUACUUCAUAAUCCACAUGUGAUAUUGUCUGCAUUACCAAUAACAUUAUUGAUAUACAUUAUGACAUUAUGUGCAGGUAUUAAUAUUAGUCAUUUAGUUAUGGAAUUCUAUCAUUAUCGAGUUGUCUAAAUAAAGUUUGUUAUUUUAU